CGAUGGGAGAAAGUGCUCGAGGAAGAGGGUAUAGACGAGGUAUUCGUGCAAGACGAUUUGCACCUUACCAAAGUAGAAUGCGGGGACCACGAGGAGCAAAAAUCGCUUCAUACCACAGCCACUCAGAGGCUGAUCAGUCAGGUUCAGAUGACUCAACGCAGCCUCCCAGUCAUCCAUGGGAGCCGCCAUGUCCCAAUCCAUUGCCCCCACUUGAGCUGAUUAGAGAACCCCCACCUGAGACGCGUAGAGCACCCUCACCCGUAAGAGAACCCCCACCUAACGGAGACAAUACCGAUUUGGCUAUCCCCACGAUGCCCAACGCAAACGAAGAAUAGCCCAAACGGAGACGUGGGCCAGCUAAGUGUCUUGAGUUCGAGAAGUUGAGAAAGUAUGGCCCCGUGAUUUUGAAGAUCAAUGACGGUGAAACAACACCGUGCUGUUCGAACGCAGCUAUGUUCACUGCACGGGUAACACAACAAAUAAAACAGCAUUGCGACAUGAGCUAUGCGAGAUGGACUAAUGUGCCGCAGGCACAGAAGGACGAGUUGAUCGACCGUGUCAGAGGUGACUUCGUUUUAGAUUGGGAUCGGGAGAAUCAUAGACUGGCCGUCAGGAAGCAGUUGCGUAAGCGGUUCAAUGCAUUCCACCAUGAAUUACACAAAAAGUAUGAAUCAUACGGUAGUCACGAGGAAGCAUUGGCUGCUGGGAGUACGAUGGUUGGCUUGGAAGUCUGGGCUAAGUUGUGUGAGAGGUGGGGAACUGAGGAAUUCAAGGUAUAUAUUAGUUAAAGAUAUAUCAAUCUGUCAGAAUUUAAUUAGUCUAUCCUUAGUGUGCAAUUUGUGUAAGCUGAUAUUGGGUGUCACGUAAUGCAGAAAAUUGCAAGACAAAAUCGAGAGAAUAGAAAGGCGCAAACCAUUAACCACAUUGCAGGCCGCAAAUCUUUUG